AGAACCCGGAAGUAGUGACAAGAGAAACUCCUAGAAAAAGCCAGACGGCGUAGCUCUGAAGAACCCAUCACCAUACAUAAUAAUGUUAGGUGUUGUAACGCUUUUGAGUUUACACGGUAAAAGCAGCGAGCCACAAGACGCUAGUUUUGUCGUGUAGAUAAGUUGUAUUUUCCACGAUAAGUGCUUUUGCUUCAACCACUGUGAGGCUAACGUUGUAACGUUAACUUAGCAAGUUUACCUAGGCAUGCCAUAGCCGUUAGCUGAUAGCCUUGGGAAACAACAGCAACAACUGUGUUGUUAAAUGGUCAUCGUGUAAAAUUAAAUGAAAUAGCCGUCAUUUGCAGCACUUGUCAAUAUAUUCUAUCUACGACAGACAGGCUCUCGUGGAGGUUGUGUAAGGUUAAAUUGCUAGCUAACGUUGGUGACAAUAAUAAUCUAGCUAACAUUAGGUACAAGAUAACUUUGGAUCAGUGUUUUGGACAGAGAGAACGGUAAGGUGGUGUCUUAUAGGGCAAUUCAGUUAAUGUUGUCAUUGUUGAUGGAUUAAUUAUUAAUAUCCCAAAUAUUGUCUUGCUUCUAAUUUGCACCUUUUUGACAGUGACAGAGACGGAGAGCGGAUCAUAAACAUUAUUGCUUCGUCUCACGAGAUCUGCUGCAAUGCCCUUGUUCUUUUUGGAAAGAUUUCCCUGGCCUAGUUUGCAGUCCUAUACUGCACUGAGUGCCCUUCUGCUUGCGGGUUCUGUCCUAAGUGCCUACACUAUUGUGACUGAACCUGGGUUCGUCACAUCGGUCUCGGAAGAAGCCCAAACAGAUCUUAAAGACCAGAAUGGGGAAGAGCAAAAAGAUGAUUUCUGGAAUGUUGCCUUCAAUGUCCUGUUGUACCUGGUGUCUGACACCCUUUUUGUCUGGGUGAUGGUGAAUACAGCCUGCUGUAUGCUGAUGCUUAUAGCAAAAGCCAUUCAGUAUGUGGUAUUUGGACCAUUGCGAGCUGGUGAGAAACAGCAUUUGAAGGAUAAGUUUUGGAACUUCAUCUUUUACAAGUUCAUCUUUAUCUUCGGUGUGUUGAACGUGCAGUCUGUGGAGGAGGUUGUGUUGUGGUGUCUCUGGUUUGCGGUGCUCAUCUUCCUCCAUCUGAUGGUCCAGCUCUGCAAAGACCGCUUUGAAUAUCUGUCCUUCUCCCCCACCACCCCCUUGAGUAGCCACGUGCGUGUGCUGGCCCUGCUGACCGCCCUGCUGCUGUGCUGCUGCGUGCUGGCUGUGCCCUGUGGCCUCAUGGGACACAUGCAGGACGUACACACCGCUGCCUUCAUGGCUGCUGAGUGUUUGCUAGUUACGGUACGCACAGGACAUGUUAUUAUGAGGUACUCCAUCCACCUGUGGGACCUUAACCGUCAGGGCACCUGGGAGAGUAAGAGCACGUAUGUGUACUACACAGACUUCCUCAUGGAGCUGGGCCUGCUCUGCCUCGACCUGAUGCACCACAUCCACAUGCUGCUGUUUGGCAACAUCUGGCUGUCGAUGGCCAGCCUGGUGAUUUUCAUGCAGCUGCGCUACCUCUUCCAUGAGAUCCAGAGGAGGAUUCGUCGCCACAAGAACUACCUGCGGGUCAUUGAUAACAUGGAGACCAGGUUUGCUGUGGCCACCCUAGAAGAGUUAGUGGCUAAUAAUGAUGACUGUGCCAUCUGCUGGGACUCCAUGACCUCAGCACGCAAGCUUCCCUGUGGCCAUCUCUUCCAUAAUUCCUGUUUGCGCUCCUGGUUGGAGCAGGACACUUCCUGUCCGACGUGCCGCUUGCCUCUGAACAUCAGUGAGGGCGGUGGUGCCAGUGAGGAGAGGGGCCGGGAGCGGCUGAACAAUAACCUGCCCCCCAGACCAGGAGCUGAGGCCCGCCCACACAUCAACCAGCACAACCACUUCUUCCACUUCGAUGUGACCGCUCUCUUGGCCUCUCCCGCAGGCUCUCGCAUUGCCAGCUGGUUGCCCAGCUUCUCGGUGGAGGUCAUGCACACCACCAACGUCUUGGGCAUUGUCCAGGCCAAUAACUCCCAGCUCAACACCAUGGCCCAUCAGAUCCAGGAGAUGUUCCCUCAGGUGCCCUACCAUCUGGUUCUGCAAGACCUGAAUUUGACUCGCUCUGUGGAAGUCACCACUGACAACAUCUUAGAGGGCCGUAUCCAGGUGCCCUUCCCUGCCCAGGCAGCUGAGCGGGCCCCCCCACCAGUGAACCCAGCAGGAGCCUCGGAGGUGACGCACUCGGCGGCUGUGGAGACGGAGGACUUUGAGGUGAGGGGGAGCCGCUUCUCCAAGUCUGCAGCAGAGAGACAGAAGAUGCUCCUGCAGAGGAAAGAGGAGCUGCUCCAGCGAGCUCGCAGGAGUUUUCUGAGUAAAAGCCCUGAGGAGGGCCUCUCCAGCUCGCUCUACGUGGCCACUGCUGAUGACGAUGACGAGGGACUGGCCGCAGGGGACGAACGCGCUCUGGCCUCAGACUCCAUGAGCGUGCGGCGCAGGAUGCUGGCGGCCGCCGCGGAACGCCGCAUGCAGAGGCAGCCAGAGGCUCCCCAGUGAGGCUCCGCCUCUCCCGUGCAGCGCAGCCUCCACCCGACACACACUGCCCAGGAGGUGCCCACGGACACCUCCAUCACAUCCGUCACCAGCACAGGAUGCCACGCACGUCUCUCCCCCUCCACUGACCCAUCACUGGAUCCAUUGGUAGAGAGGGGGAGGGAGAGAGAAGGAAGGAGGGAGGGAGGGAGAGAGAGAGAGAGAGAGAGAGAGGGCGGUCUGUGGAGGCCUGGGACAAAUGCAUUUGGGACAGUAAAGCUUUUGUAAUGGCUCUGUACAGCAUUGGCCUGUGACUCUCAGGCCUGGGAUCAGCUAGAGCUUUUAGGCCCCAAUGGCCCAGCUAACAGAAUCUAUGCAUGUGUCACUUUAUUCACAAAUUCACAGGUAGAUCUCAGAGUGAAGUCAUAGAACUGGGCCCUGCAGACGACGUGAAAUUCUUUCUGCUUGAGAGCUGUGUGUUAAUAACUUCUGUAGAGCGUGUGCCAAUUUGCACUUUGUUGGCCAAAUCAUCUGUGGAUUAAAGUAUUGAACAUUUCAUACCAAGGUCAGGAGUUCUCAGCUGACCGUUAACAUGUUACAUUUAAGUUUAGUGUCUCUAAUGUGUUUAAUUGGGAAUCAGAAUUUUUCCCAAUUUGAAAACGGUUGUUUUAUAAUACCCCAUGUGGUCUAUUAGGGUGUCCCAACAUGGUGACUGUUAGUUUGUUAGUGUGAAGGUGUAGGGUGUCCCAACAUGGUGACUGAUAGUUUGUUAGUGUGAAGGUGUAGGGUGUCCCAACAUGGUGACUGAUAGUUUGUUAGUGUGAAGGUGUAGGGUAUCCCAACAUGGUGACUGAUAGUUUGUUAGUGUGAAGGUGGAAAACCAAGUGCUUGUUCUCUCCUCCAGCACAGCGGCAGCAGCAGUGAAGAGAGUUCAGUGUGUGUAGAGAUCAGGAGUAGCGCUCAGUGUGUGUAGAGAUGAGGAGGAGCGCUCAGUGUGUGUAGAGAUCAGGAGGAGCGCUCGGUGUGUGUAGAGAUGAGGAGGAGCGCUCGGUGUGUGUAGAGGAGAGGGGGUUGCCAUGGAGGGGGUUGACAUGUGCAGUGCAUCUGGAGUGUUGAGUGCCAAAGCAUUAGUCAGGUAUGCAUUGUGCAGGUUGAAGCGCAGCUUCACGAUAUAAGGCAGCUGAGUUAGUGAAGCAGUGAUGGGAGCAUUAGCAGUUUUGCCACUUGACCUCAACCUGAGGCAAUGAGACUCUUUCUUUUAAUCCGUUCCUUUCUUUGAUUCAUUCUUUAUUUGCCUUUGCUCUUUGUCUUGUGAGCAGUCUUUCAGCGCUGAACUGGUUAAUCUAUUCAAACAUACAUUAUGGUGAACCAUAUAGUCAUUACUGAACAGUUUGAGAGAGUGUUACAAGAGUAUUAAGUUACUGAUAUGUGUAAGUAAGUGGUCUAGAAGAACCGCAUAGCAUGUGAAUUGUCUUCAGACAGUUGAAGCAAUAAACUGGAUCUCCCAUUUCAGUCUCAAACUGGCGUAAUGCCACAAUAUUGCCCUUUAAAUUGUCAUGCCACUCUAAAGUCACUAUUUGAUGUAUUUGUUCAAGUAUACAACAUACGGUAGACUAAACCACAUAUAUUUGACUUAACACUCAUGAAUAUGGUAUCUAGUCAAACAAUUUAUUUACAAAAUGACAUUGGUGAUUUGAAUUCUUUGUGUCAUCACACUUUCGUACGGUAGCUCUCAUUCUGUUUCACAUUGGUAUGGAGUUUUAAGUUUUGUCUAUGCAUGUUCAAAACGACUGAGCGCUGAGCGUUUUCUUAUUGUAUCCUCCUCCUCCUGUAUUCAGUGCUGUUUCCUACAUGUACUGCCCAAGGUGUCUGUAUGGAAUGCAGAUGUUGCGGUUGUUGCUACAGGUCUUUUGUAUUUCUGCCUGCAUCGCUGCACCUUUGAAACGCAGUGUUUCAGGCUCAGAAGAUGACAGCUUCCCUGUCUGACUUGGCCCUUGGUUCACCUCAUCACUGUUUAUAGACCGGAUAUAUUUGAAGCUAUUUCCUUGAAGAUGGUAUGGAAGAAGUCAGAAUGCUUUUGUAUAAGUCCUUUAUUUGUGCCUAACAAAUUUGUAAUGAAGACUGUAUGAAUAAUAGUAAUUGCUACAACAGAAGCUUUGAAUGCA